CGCCCUGGAAUUUCAGAAGGCAAGGCGAAGUCCAAGUAUUGGGGAGGGUCUCACCCCUUGCCCGAGUAAUACGUUGGGUGGACCUGGCUGCUGGAUCUAAACUAAUGGUCUGGCUGCGGACGGAUUAGGUCUGAUCCGAUUAGAGCCUAGGCCGUCGUCGUAUUCUCCUUGCCAGGUUCUGUCGACGUUCGCCUUGCUCUUGUGAAGACUCAGAGACCGCCCAGGGAACCUUCCCCUGCCCCGGAACACCCGGUUGGCGCAGAAACCCAAGAGUCGUUGUCCUGGGCCCCCGCUGCUUUCCACACGGGGGGCGCGGGCUUCCGCCCCCUGCGGUCCUUCUGAGCCCCGCCCCGAGCCUGCGGGUGUCUGAGCCCGCGACGUCCCCGCCUCCCUGCGCGCGCGUGGCGGGUGGGUUCCUCGGAGGUCCGCGGCGGAGCGCGCUCAGCACCGGGAGCGCAGGCCGCGCAGGCCGGCCCUGCGGGCUCCCGCCCGUGCACCUGUCGGCUUCCCCCUGCGGCUGGGCUGCCGCCCCUGCGCGCCGCGCGUCCGUCGCUCUCCGCGUCCCGUGCCAGAGGGAUCUGUCUGUCCCCUUGGCGAGGAGGACCGAGAGGGGCCGGCGUCAACGCGACGUGCAGCGGGGCGGGCGGAGUGGGGGCGGCGCCGAGCGCGGCGGCGGCAGCGGCAAGCGGCAGCGGCGGCGCGGGAGGCGGGGAGGCGCGGCGCGCGGAGGACAGCGGCUGACGGCGGCAUGCGGCGGCUCAUGCUGCCCACCGUGGGCUAAGGCGGCCGCAGACGGGCGGCAGGCGCGGCGGCCGGGCAAGCCGAGGGCGCAGCCAAGCCGCGCGCACCGCGCACAGCGGCCGGGGCUCCGCGCAAUGGGCCGAGCUGGAGGCGGGGGCCCGAGCCGGGGGCCGCCGCCAGCGCUGCUGCUUCUGGGGGCCACGCUGGUCCUCACCGCUGGGGCCGUGCCGGCACGCGAAGCAGGCAGCGCAAUCGAGGCUGAAGAGCUGGUGAGGAGCGGCCUUGCAUGGAAGCCGCGUGCCAAUGACACGCGGGAGGAAGCCGGCCUGGCCGCAGCUGGGGAAGAUGAGACCUCGUGGACGGCGCCCGGCAGUGAGCUGGCUGCGGUGGGCCCUGGGGUCGGGCCAGGGGAGGCACUGGAGGCAUCGGCUGCGGUGACUGGCACUGCCUGGCUGGAGGCAGAUAGCCCAGGCCUGGGUGGAGUGACUGCAGAGACUGGCAGUGGUGACGCCCAGACCCUCCCAGCUACGCUCCAGGCUCCUGAUGAGGCCCAUGGGUCGUCUACAGUGCCCCCUGCCAUUCCUGAGGCUACUGAAGCCAGUGGACCUCCCUCCCCCACUACCCACGAUGAGCCUAGCCCAGGCUCCGAACUCCCUAAGGAGAGCCCCUUGGAGGUUUGGCUGAACCUGGGAGGCAGCACACCUGACCCUCAAGGGCCAGAGCCCACUUAUCCCCUUCAAGGCACUCUAGAAACCCAGCCAGCCUCAGAUAUAAUUGACAUCGACUACUUUGAAGGAUUGGAUAGUGAGGGCCGUGGUGCAGACAUGGGCAGCUUCCCAGGGUCACCAGGAGCCUCAGAGAAUCACCCUGAUACUGAAGGAGAGACCCCUUCCUGGAGCCUGCUUGACUUAUAUGAUGACUUCACCCCCUUUGAUGAGUCUGAUUUCUACCCUACCACAUCCUUCUAUGAUGAUUUGGAAGAGGAGGAAGAGGAAGAGGAGGAUGAUAAGGAUGCAGUGGGAGGUGGAGACCUGGAAGAUGAAAAUGACCUUCUCCUGCCCUCUCAAAAGCCUGGUGUGGGCCCUGGGACAGGACAGCCCACCAGUCGGUGGCAUGCUGUUCCUCCACAGCAUACUCUGGGCAUGGUCCCUGGCAGCAGCAUCUCUCUCAGGCCCCGCCCAGGAGAUCCGGGCAGGGACCUGGCCUCAGGCGAAAAUGGCACGGUGUGCCGAGUUGGCUUUGUCAGGCACAAUGGCUCCUGCCGGUCAGUGUGUGACCUCUUCCCCAGUUACUGUCACAAUGGCGGCCAGUGCUACCUGGUGGAGAACAUAGGGGCUUUCUGCAGGUGCAACACCCAGGACUACAUCUGGCACAAAGGCAUGCGCUGUGAGUCCAUCAUCACCGACUUCCAGGUGAUGUGCGUGGCCAUCGGCUCGGCUGCUCUUGUGCUUCUCCUGCUCUUCAUGAUGACUGUCUUCUUUGCCAAGAAGCUCUAUCUGCUCAAGACUGAGAAUACCAAGCUGCGGAGGACCAACAAAUUCCGGACCCCAUCUGAACUGCACAACGAUAACUUCUCCCUCUCCACCAUUGCCGAGGGCUCUCAUCCAAAUGUAAGGAAACUUUGCGACACCCCCUGUGUCUCCUCCCCCCAUGCCCGGGCCUUGGCUCACUAUGAUAACAUUGUCUGUCAGGAUGACCCCAACGCUCCCCACAAAAUCCAGGAAACUCUCAAGUCCUGCCUGAAGGAGGAAGAGUCCUUCAACAUCCAGAACUCCAUGUCACCCAAACUUGAGGGUGGCAAAGGGGACCAAGAGGACUUGGAGGUGAACUGUCUCCGGAAUAACCUAACCUGAAACAGAGAAGAGAGGAAGGGGGUGGGGGAGGGAAGGCCCGGUGUCUCCUCUUGUACACAGUUGGCUUCUCGUAACCAUUUGUUAAGCUUUUCUUUUUCUGAUCUCAUGGCAUGCUCUGAUGUGUUUUGUAGGAGGGGGAAACACUUAAAAUAAGCAAAGAAACUGAGCAGGAUUGCAUAUAUUGGAUCGUUUUGUCUGCCGUCUGUACAUUGCUUCUGCAGCUGUGAUUUCUAAACCUCUGCUGUUAUUCAACUGACUUUUUUUUUGUACUUUGACCCACCUUUUUUUGGAAUACCAGUUAAAAAAAAACAAGGUUCUUGAAAUAAAACUUUUUAAAAAGCUGUCCA